AUGGACCCGCUCGCUCCCUCUCUCGCUGGCAUCGAAUCCGAACGAAUCUCAUACGACCGCCCAACCCACCGCACCCAACUCGCCCGCGUCCACGAACACCUCUCCCAGCGCAUCGACGACCUCGCUUCUCUCCCUGCGCAUGCGACAAAGGACGCGAUCGAGCGAGGGUUGCGGAAGAGCGAGAGGGAGUUACCCACCCAAGGAAGGGGGUUGGAAGCCACGACGACGCAUCUCCUGGAGGACAUCGUACCGGGCCUCAUGCCCGGCCAAGCAGGCCCACGCUGCUUCGGCUUGGUGAUCGGAGGCGUGACGCCCGCUGCGCAGAUUGCGGACCAGCUUGUGGGGGCAUACGAUCCCUGUGUGCAGGAAUCCACCCUCUCCGUCGCGAUUGAAGCCCGCACAAUCUCCUACCUCCUCCAACUCCUCUCCCUCCCCUCCUCCCACUUCACCCAAAACACCCUCACAACCGGUGCAACAGCCUCCAACGUCCUCGGCCUCGCUCUCGGUCGAGACUUCUCCAUCGCCUCGAUCAAAGCCGCGCAAGGUCAUUCGGGAUGGAGUGUGAGUGAGGAUGGGAUGGGCGGUGUGGAGGUCGAUGUGUUUGUUGUUGAUGCGCAUGCGAGCGUGAGGAAAGCUGCGGCCCUUGUGGGGCUCGGGAGGAAGAGUGUGGUUGAGUGUGGGAGGGAGGGCGAGUUGGGGUUGUUUGAUUCGGAGAUGCUCGAGGAGAGGUUGAGGAGGAAUUGGGAGGAGGGGAGGGGGAGUAUUGUCAGUGUUUCGUUUGGGGAGGUCAAUACCGGCUACAUCUCCCCUCAAACCCCUCAACUCCGUACACUCUGCGACAUGUACCAUUCCUGGCUGCACCUCGACGCGGCCUUCUCCGCCUUCGCUACCCUCUCCCCGCUCUUCGCACACUACAAACCCCACCUCGCACUCGGAGACAGCAUUACCAGCGACGCACACAAGUGGUUGAACGUCCCUUAUGACUGUGGGCUGUUCUUCUCGAAGAGGAGGAGAGUGAGGGCGGGAGAGGAGGGAGGGGAGGUUGGGUUGUGGGAGGUUACGGGGCCGGGGAAGGCGGGUGGACCGGCGUAUCUCGCCCAGACGGCGAGUAAGAAGCAGGGCGAGGACGAGGUAGACUACCCGCUGAUCGAGGAAUCGAAGGCCCUUCCCUCGCCGCUCUUCAUGGGUAUCGAAAACUCGCGGCGAUUCCGCGCUCUCCCGCUCUACGCAUCCCUCCUCUCCCUCGGCUCAAGCGGCUACACCUCCCUAAUCCACCGCAACAUCCUCUUCGCCCACCGUCUCUCAUCCUUCCUCUCCUCCCAUCCCUCAUACAUACUCCUCACUCCCCCCUCCGCACCCCUCACUCCCUCCUCAGUCGCAGAAGAGCCCUGGGCAUACAGGACCUCCAACAUCCUCCUCUUCGCUCUCUCGCUCCUUCCCUCGCAUACACCCGCACGAUUCCUCUCCCACCCGGACCCUAACGCUCUUCUUCUGAGCGAGUUGAAUGAGAGCGGGAGGGCGUUCUGGACUGGGACGGUUUGGAGAGGACAGAGGGGGGUUAGGUGUGCGGUGAGCAACUGGAUGACUGGGUGGGAUUGGGAGGAUGGGAAGGAGGGGGAGGGGAGGGAGUGGGAGGAGGUGAAGGAGGUGCUGGAGGGGGUUGUAAGAAUGUGA